AUGCCACCACGGUUAAACCUCUUCACCGCCCGGUCUGUGGCGUUCAGAACCAGACCCUCCGUACCGCAAAAACCAUUCGCCUCCACCCUUCUGCAACAACGAGCGGCAAGCGACAAUGCCUCCUCCAAGCAACCGGCUACAACACCCGUCGACCCCGACUUCAAAGGUCCAAACACGGAUCAAUUACCACACGUGAGCGAGGAACAAGCUGCUUUGGACAAGUCGAUGGGAAAUACACCACCAGAUAUCAAUCAGGGGACCCCAGUGCAAGAGAUACUCCAACGCGACAAAGAUGCACAAGACAAGGCGCCCGAGGUGCUGAAGCAGGCCAUCAACAGUGACAAACAAUCCAAAUCCCCUUCAGGAACGAGAUCAUAUUCUACCAGUGUCCGGAGAUUGGCAGAGGUGGCCCAGGUCGACUUUAUCGAGACUCAAGCCGUCGGACUGCCAUAUCCUGAUGCCGGCCUUGGUCAUAAAUUCCCGCUACCGGACAUGACGAAUUGGAACAAGACCAACCAUUUCAAACGUCGAUAUGACACGGUGUUGAACACGCUCACCAAGAUGUUGAUGAGGCAUGGGAAGUUGAGCAGAGCACAAUCGUUUGCCUCUCAACAGACCAUGGACGACAUUCUAACAAUUCUCCGGACCGCACCGACGCCCCAGGGCAGCGCACUAGCAACCGACCGGGCUCUACUCACCACUUUCCCACGGGAAGCCCUCCCACUCUCACCGGUGGAAUACCUGACCGCGGCGAUCGACUCGGUGGCGCCGUUGAUCAAGAUCAAACAGCAAAAAGGUGUGCUGGGAGGUGGAGCGUCCAUGCCGAUCCCGCAACCACUGAGUCUCAAGCAGCGGCGGCGGACGGCGAUCAAAUGGAUCUUGGCGUCGGCGGAAAACCGCAAGGAGUCAAAGUUGGCCGAGCGAGUGGCCAAAGAAUUGAUCAAUGUCGUCGAGGGUAAGGGCGGCGCCUGGGACCGCAGAAUGCUCGUCCACAAGGCCGGCAUCAGUGCUAGAGCCAACACGAGGACCCGCAAGCGGCUAUGA